CCCUUCCACAAAUCCCCUCCUCCCUUAACCAUGUCUCCAAUUCCAGCAUUUCACAUCUAAUCACCAUCAUAACAUUCAAAACAACAGAUUCAAACAAACAUGUCUUCUUCUUCAUUCUUCCUCACCAUCCUCCUCCUCCUCACCUCCAUUCUCUUCUCCCUCACCCAAGACUACGACGACGACUCCUCCUUCUCCUCCCCAUUACCUCCCGAAGAAGACGACUGCAACGGCGCCUUCUUGACAUACACCUUCAUUUCACGCACCAAGGAAUUCCCCCACCUCAAAAAUGCAUCCGCACAAGCCUAUGCAUUCAAGGCAAUGGCCACCGUCACCAACACCAUGGACCGAGAUCUCAAGCAAUGGAAGCUCUACGUCGGUUUUCAGAACAAGGAGAUUCUGGUGUCGACCGAAGGUGCGGUCAUGGCGGACAGUACUGAUUUUCCGGCGAGCGUCGGGAAUGGGACGACGUUCGUUGGGUUUCCGCAGACGGAUCUGCAGAAUUCGAUCGAGACGGCCGGAGAUAUGAAGAAGAUCAAGGUGGAGGUUAGUAUCGUUGGAACUCAGUUUGGAGUGAAGCCUCCAAAUGUACCAAUGCCUAAGACUAUUAGGUUGGUUAAUGAUGGAAUCAAGUGUCCCACGCCUAAACGUCAAGGGAGCCAGAUGUACGUGUGCUGCACCCGGGAUCCGAAGUGGAAGACAAAUGAAACCCACAUCAAACUCCUCCCUCGCCAACACGGCGACCUCACCAUCUCCUACGACGUCCUCCAAGCCUACCCCAACAAUUACUUAGCCCAAGUCACCAUGGAGAACCACCACCCCCUCAGCCGCCUGGACAACUGGAACCUCAGCUGGGAGUGGAUGCGUGGAGAGUUUAUCUACUCCACAAAGGGCGCCUACACCCUCGUCAAAGAUCCCACCGCCUGCAUCUACGGCCAAGCUGCCGACUAUUACGAAAGCCUCGAUUUUUCCAAAGUUAUGAGUUGCCAGAAGCGCCCCACACUUGUUGAUCUUCCCCCUGAACGAAAACAGGACAGGGAGCUCGGGAACAUACCUUACUGUUGUAAAAAUGGCACCUUGCUUCCGCCAAACAUGGAUCCAUCGCUCUCCAAGGCGGUGUUCCAGCUCCAGGUGUACAAGCUGCCUCCAGAUUUGAACAGAACUGCGCUUAAUCCGCCUUAUAAGUGGGAGAUAAGCGGCGUUAUUAACCCUCAUUAUAAGUGCGGUGCACCGAUUCGAGUUGCUCCGGCGGAGUUUCCUGACCCUUCCGGACUCACGUCGGAAUCAAUUGCGCUCGCUAGCUGGCAGAUAGUUUGCAAUAUGACCAAGACCAAAGCCAGAGCGGCCAAGUGCUGUGUUUCCUACUCAGCUUACUACAACGACUCCGUGAUCCCAUGCAGCACAUGUGCCUGUGGGUGCGCAGAGGAUGCCGCCUGCGAUGCCGACGCACCGGCAAUGCUGCUGCCGCCGGAAGCUCUACUCGUGCCGUUCAACAACCGGACGGCAAAGGCGAGAGCUUGGGCUCACAUCAAGCACUGGCCUUUGCCUCGCCGGCAGCCCUGCGGCGACAACUGCGGCGUGAGUAUCAACUGGCAUCUUUUUUCGGAUUAUAGGAGCGGGUGGACGGCGAGGAUCACCAUCUUCAACUGGGGGGAGUAUACUUUCAGGGACUGGUUCUCGGCAAUACAGAUGAAGAAGAACAUUGCUUCUGGCUAUGAAAAUGUGUACUCUUUCAAUGGAACGCGGCUGAACGACACUGUGUGGCCCGACAUUGGAGAUAUUAUUUUCAUGCAGGGGCUGCCAGGUCUUAACUACCUGAUGCCAGAAGUGAAUGGGAAGACACUUUCAGAUCCAAGGGUGCCUGGAAAGCAGCAAUCAGUCAUCUCCUUCAAGAAGAAGUUAACGCCGGGAGUCAACAUCCGCGCCGGCGAUGGUUUUCCGGCAAGGGUGUUCUUUAACGGAGAGGAGUGCGCUCUUCCUGAGACAUUACCAAUUGCAUCUGGUUACAGAACUUCUUCUCCUUUUGUUGUUCUCAAUUUGGUAUUAUGUGCAGUUGUAGUGAUUGUAUUGAUGAAUGGUGUGCUAAUGUUUUGAUGUUUUCAUUGCUGAUUAUUGAGGGUAUUGUGGGGGGUUUUGGAAGAAUCUGAUUAAAGUAAUUAUUUGAUUGUUUCAUUAGUUCCAUUAGGCAUGAGGCAGGGGAGGGCAUAAUUAGUGAGUUUAUGAGAGAUUAU